ACAAUCAACGAUUUUUUAAUCAAAACAAUUGACGAACAAGAACGCGUACAGAAGAAAACUUUCAUAAACUGGAUUAACUCUCAUUUGUCGAAGAGAGCACCAACACUUCAUAUCAAUGAUUUAAUCGAGGACUUGAAAGACGGAACGCGCCUUCUUGCGUUACUUGAAGUUCUUUCAGGAGAGAAAUUGCCCGUGGAAAGGGGCCGUAAUUUAAAGAGACCGCAUUUUCUCAGUAAUGCCAACACCGCGCUGCAAUUUUUGCAAAGCAAAAAGAUCAAAUUAGUGAAUAUUAAUUCAUCCGAUUUGGUCGACGGACGACCGCCGGUCGUUUUGGGCUUAAUAUGGACCAUCAUUCUGUACUUCCAGAUCGAGGAAAACACGAGGGCUCUCGAAUAUCUUGGACAAACUUGGGGCAGCCAAAGUAGUCUGGAAAGCCUCGGCACUCAGAGUUCGGCGGCGAGCGAAAGAAAACGCAUCAGUAGUGAAAAGUGGAAACAAGGAGCACGGAAAACCUUGCUUCAGUGGGUCACCAAUGCCUUGCCUAAGAAUAUUGAUAUUCAAGUUCGAGAUUUCGGUGAAAGUUGGAGAGACGGAAAUGCCUUCUUAGCUAUCAUCGAUACCAUAAAAGCCAACUUAGUGAAUAUAGCAGCUAUGAGAGAAGUAUCGAACAAAACUCGGCUUGAAACAGCCUUCCAGAUCGCCGAAGACGAAUUAGGUAUUGCUCGAUUGUUGGAUCCCGAAGAUGUAGACGUUCCUCAACCUGAUGAAAAAUCGAUCAUGACAUACGUCGCCCAAUUUUUGCACAAAUAUCCGGAACCAGGAAACGUAGCUCCUGAUUCUUUCGCUGUCGUACAAGAAGAAUACGAUAGUCUUCUUAAUUGGCUAAACAAGAAAGUCAGGCAUCUCGAACAACUUGACAGAACCAAUUCUUUCCCACAAAGUUAUCCGGAAUAUAUGCUAUUCCAAACAGAGAUUGAUCGGAAAUUAAUUCUAUAUAAAAAAUUGCAAAGUUUAGUCAAUACACUCAGCAUGAUAAGCAUUACGCGGGAUUCUUGGAGAGAUAUACAAAUGUUGUGGCAGCAAAUGGAACUAUUUAUGCUACAUUGGUGUUGGUUGUUGGAUUCAACAUUACCAGGAGAAUUGGGUGAAAUUGGCAGCUGGUUGGCAAGAGCCGAGGCUCUCUUGCGAUCGGAUAAUGAUAUACCACAGGAAAUGACGGAGAGCACAGCGAACAUAAUUUCGAACAAACUGGAAGAUCACAAGAAGUUCUUCUUAGAUUUACCGACCAUGUCAGAGAAAUUCCAGCACGCCAAAAACUCGCCAUUAGCGCGACAAAUCCAGUCUGAACAAUUGGAGAACAUGUCUGCGCGAUUAGACAGUUUGCCGAAUCGCGCUGCCAAGAGAAGAUUAAGAUUAAAGUUCUUAGAACAUAAAUGCUGUCUGAUCGCCUUUUUGUAUCUCGUCGAGACCAAGCUGAAAGGUUGGAACAUCAAAUACGGCACGGAAGAGAAGGUGCAUCAAAUGCUGGAACAAUAUCGUAACUUUGUUUCCCGAAACAGGAUAUUCCAAGAAUUUCAAAAGGCUUACUUGGAUAUGCAGCAGGUUGCCGAAGAAUACAAACGCGAUGGUGAUAUUG